CUUCUUAAAUAGCUUCUGAGCUAGGAAAGAGUCGGGGUAGGACUUGGUCUGUGGACAUUAGACCGUGGGAGCAGCACUUUGGAGUAUCCGACACCACAAAGAUCUGAGGAGGAGUCACACUCAAAUACUAAGAAGUUUGGAUUCUAAGAGGACCCCGAUUCCACCAGGAUGAAUUUUGCCGCCCAGUUAUUUUACUCGAGCUACCUGAGCGAGCGAUUGGAACGAUUGUUUUCACCGAAGCCGGCGCUUAAAAACAGCGAGGAGAACGACCCCUUCUGGCAGAGAGAGGAGCUGCGUCUGGGUCCAGCAGAACCAGGUAACCCUUACAAAGUAGGUCUGGUCAGUAAUGGGGCCGUGGGCCGCAGACCGACCCUUAUUGAACCAGAGAGGCUGAAGGACUUUGGUGAGGAGGAACUCGUCAAUGGAGACGUGAAGGUCCACGACACCAAAGUGGCGACAGAAGCACCAUUCGUCACGCUAAAGGACCCACCCAAAACCAGAAGAGUCAGUGAGUUCAGGAUCGUCCCGAGACCGCCUGCUCAGUACCUGCGCUUCGAGGACAUCAGCGCCGCUGCUUUCACGAUCCAAUCAGGGAUACAGAAGACACCUUGCACGUACUCCCGGCUGUCCAAACAGUACGGUAUGGAGAUCUACCUGAAGAAGGAGCACCUUCACUACACAGGCUCGGUGAAGGAAAGAGGAGCGUUGUACCUGCUCUCGUCCCUAACACAAGAGCAGCAGAGAAAGGGUGUGAUUGUUGCCACCGACUGUAACUUCUCAAUGGCCGUGGCCCACCAUGCUGUGGAGCUGAAGAUCCCCGUGUUUGCCAUCAUGCCGUCAUGUUGUUCCUCACCUCGUCUCCGGAUCUACAGAGAUUACGGGGCCAUGGUCAUCUCCUACGGCAGCACCGGUCACGAUUCUCAGAACCACGCGCGCCAUUUGGCCAAAGACAAUGGAUACCUUUACCUAGAAGAAGAUGAAAGUGCCAUCUACCUGGCAGGACUGGGCACGGUGGGCAUGGAGAUUUACGAGCAAGUGCCCAAACUUGAUGCAGUGGUGGUGCCCGCAGCGGGACAGUAUGGACUCCUGGCGGGCACGGCGGCGGCCAUCAAGCAUCUCAACACACACAUUCUUGUCAUAGGAAUAGAACCUGAAGCUUUCCCUUUGCUGCGGCAAUCUCUGAAGAUCGAUGGUCCCAUCAAAGACCUGCACAGCAACCCCAAUACCAAAUUGUAUGGAGAUCUCAUGGAGCGCUCGCUCGGCAUCAACACCUUCCACCUGGCCAAGAAGCUGGUAGAUAAGGUCGUCUCUGUCAGCGAGGAGGAUUCUUUGGUGGCGAUGUUGCGGUUUCAAGAGUUUGAGCGCUCCACGGUGGACACGGAGGGAGCGAUGGGAUUGGCUGCCAUCCUGGCAGGACAGCUGCCAGAACUGAGAGGCAAAAGAGUCGCGGUGGUGGUGAGCAGCGCUAACAUGGAGCUGGAUCUGGUGAGGCAGUGCGUGGACCGAGCUCUGGUGCUGGAUGACCGCGUCAGCAAGUUCUCAGUGCAGCUGGGAGAAUGGCCGGGAGACAUGGCCAAGCUGCUGGACGUCUUGUCCAGAGAGGACGUCAGGUUGUUGGACGUCAGUCAUCGGAGGCAUAGUGACAAGUCAAACCUCUUCAAUGCAAAGGUGGAGUGUGUGGUGGAAACCAGGGACAAGACCCAAAGCACCCAACUGAGGAAGACGCUGAGCGAACGCUACCCAUCUCUAUGUUGGCUGGAGCGAUGAUGUCGUGGCCACCAAGGAAUCGAACAUAUUGUAUAUUUUCCAUAGACUGAAGUCACAUUCGCUCGACGGAUGGAGAAAAAAACAAGACGAUGGUAGAGAAACUAUUCUUUAUAAUGUAUCCAUUGUUUAUGCUAUCACAUAUAACACAUACAGUAUGUGUUGUUUACAGCAUUUCAAUCAGAUACCGAUAUCAACCGAUAUAUCAGGCCGAUAAAUAUCGGUACCGAUAAUUAUCGGACAUCCCUAAUUACAAUAGUUUGUCAUUUUUCUGUCACAUCUUUUGGUGGUACACCGGCGUCUAAUUGUGUUGGAAUGGUGACCCCUGAAUAAGCAGUGGUCAAUAAUAAUAUUAGUUAUUACUAAUAAAAUGGAACCUUGGUUUGCAUACGCCCCAGUUAGCAUGUUUUUCAAAAGUGUUUCCCCGUGUACAUGUACCCGUUAGAGUACAAUACUGCGUGUUUUUAUGUUAUUAAUACACUGUGUGGGCGGCACGGUGGUCUAGGGGUUAGCGCGCAGACCUCACAGCUAGGAGACCAGGGUUCAAUUCCACCCUCGGGAAUCUCUGUGUGGAGUUUGCAUGUUCUCCCCGUGCAUGCGUGGGUUUUCUCCGGGUACUCCGGUUUCCUCCCACAUUCCAAAAAACAUGCUAGGUUAAUUAGCGACUCCAAAUUGUCCAUAGGUAUGAAUGUGAGUGUGAAUGGUUGUUUGUCUAUAUGUGCCCUGUGAUUGGCUGGCGACUAGUCUAGGGUGUACCCCGCCUUACGCCCGAAGACAGCUGGGAUAGGCUCCAGCACCCCCCGCGACCCUCGUGAGGAAAAGCGGUAGAAAAUGAAUGAAUGAAUGAAUACACUGUGUAAGCAAACUGUGUUCUUGCUAACAAAAUGGAAACCAAAACAGGAAGUCAGCAGUGUCGCCGAUUUAUGAUGUCAUCAGGAGUUGAUGCUCAUUAUCACUUUCAUUCAUACUAUAUUUCUAUGUAUUUUGACAUGUUUUCUGCAUUUAUACUUAGUUGAUUUAAGCGUAUUGCGUUACUAUAUUUGGCUGUUUGGAACAGAUUAAUUAGAUUCGUAUUUUUUAAUGGGAAUCGCGUACAUUUUGGUUAGAGUCAGACCUCGUGGAAUGGAUUCAUGACGCUAACCAAGGUUCCAUUGUUUAUACUAAAAAUAAUGCAAACGGCGACUUGACUGACAUGAGUUUGUUAAUACAAGAAAAUGCUGUACUCUAAUGAAAGUACCUCGGGAUUUAAAUUUCUACUGGUUUUCUAAAGUAUACCAUCCAAAGUGUAUGUAUUUCUGCUUGUUGCUAAUUAGCACUGAUGCUAACAUCGCCCAUCCGUCGUUGUCCUUGUACUAAAAUGUUUCCGAGUAAUACAUUAAGAAUGAAAAA